CGCGACCGCCUCUAUGACUGGCGGCGGACGCAGCCACGUGACGCUUUCAACCGCGCUGCGCGGGACCUGCGCCGGGAGGGAGCGAGGCUGCGGCCAGGGCGCGCGGCGAUCAGUCCUCUUUCACAAAGCAGCAAGUUUGCUCCUUGCUUUCUCCUGCUGGCCCUAGAAGUGAGUUUGUUAGACUGAAUUAGGAAGCAGAUGAGAAGAGGUUUGAAAGUACUUCCAAAGGAAAGAAGCUAUAGGAACCUUAUUGGAGACCUCCGUAGGUGAAGUGGAAUAAAGCUACAGCUCUCUGUCUCUCCUGCAGAAAAAGGUUUAAAGAGAUAUGGCACUUGAGAGAAUCAUUCGAGACACACUGACACACUUCAUCCAGUCCCACAUCCCUGCUGCAGACCUCAGUGGAAUGGAUGAUGUUUUCUUCUCCUACAUCACGGGUGUCCUGGAAGAGCUGGGCUCUCCAGAGUCCUCUGAAGAGACCUUUGACAUGGAUACCUUUGUGGAAAUGAUGGAGGCGUAUAUUCCUGGUUUUGCAGAAAUCCACAGUGGGGAUGUUUGUGAAAUGAUGUUCUCUCUCUCAGAAAGACUUGGUGAAGCUCGCAACAAAGAGAAACCUGGCCAAAAGGCUGUGGAGGGCAGGAGUGAAGCAACUUCUGAAGACCUGACCCAGGGCCGGGAGCCUGCAGCGGGAGCCUGCAACGGGAAACAUCUGCGCACUUUGACAGAGGGAGCUGGGGCCCAGGAAGAUGGUGACUUGAAGGAUGGGGUGGAGCUGCUACUGGAGAUGUUUCCUGCCUGUACCAUGGGCCAGGCGGAGAAGGCACUGUCCAUGGCCUUGGGGAACUUGGAAGAGGCAGUGCAGUUAAUUGUGGAGGAGAAGGUGGAAAUUGGCACAGCAGGCGUGAGCAUGAAGGAACUGGCACGGCCCCGCAGAACACCCAAUCACGAGGAACUAAAACAGGUUAUCUUGCAGAAAUACAUGAUGGUGGAUAGUGCAGAAGAUCAGAAAACACAUCGACCAGCUCCACCAAAAGAGGCUCCCAAGAAGCUGAUCCGCUAUAUCGAUAACCAGGUGGUGAGUACAAAGGGAGAGAGGUACAAAGACAUAAAGAAGCCAGAGAGUGAGGAGAUGAAGAGGACUUACAUCAGCCUCAAACCAGCCAGGAAGUAUAAGUUCCACUGACAGCCAGUCUCUGCUGCUCUUCAGCCUCUGCCUCACUGGCUUAGGCAUGGAAGGGUGGACAUGUGGCACUAGGGAUGAGAGGGGACUCUUCCACCCUCCACUAACUGGAACUAACCUGGGAGCCAGGACACUACU